AUGGAUCGCGGAACCUGGUCCAUUCCCCUCCUUCCGGCCACAGCAUGUGGGCCUUGCUUGGAACGGGCCGAAUACCAUGGGGUGGACCUGAACUGUGUCUACUCGCGCAACCCCGCUGAAAGGAGCGCUUCUUCCAAGUAUGCACGCUCUUGUACUGGACUUUCACUCAGAUCAAAUGUUGCAAGAAAGGAAAGACUGACCAGCCCUCACACAAAAAGGGAAGCUGCGAUACAACGGAACCAACGCCAGCGUUCAACACAGACACAACGCAUUGAGGCCCAGCAACUUUCGAGCUUUCGCCUGCAAAAUGGGCUUGGGCCGUCUUCAUAUCAUCAGCCAGAAACAACAUCAAAUGAUUGCGGCCCACAUGUAUUGUCUUCCUCCAUACCAUGCACUGCAACUGGUCCCCAGCGGCAGGCAAACACUGCCGAGGGUGUCAACGCAAUGGUGGGGGAGGUAGCCGCCGAUGACAGAUACCCCACGCAAGGGUUCUUUGGAAGCUCAAGUGCUGGGGGCUUCAUGCGGCAGAUCAGGGUCGCAGUAGGAAAGGAAGUGCCGUCAUCAGGAGCUCCAAACCCGCAAUCCUCUCUAUUUGACCUUCACAGAUCCAAAGGGCCUCCCACCUCUGCCAACAUAAACAGCCAUGUGCUGCCCCCGCGGCGCAUGGCCGACCAUCUGAUGCAAAUAUACUGGGAGUUUGUCUUCCCCCUCUAUCCCUUCUUCGACCGCGAACAACUAUCGGCGGAAUAUCUCAGAAUCUGGAACGGAGAGGGGCCCGCUAGCGAUGAAGAUAUGAUCAUGUGCACAUUCAAUGUGAUAUUCGCCCUAUGCUGUCAACUAUCUGAGAACAUCAAGCCGGAGAACCGGGCAUCAACAGCCGACAGUUUCUUUUCUCGAGCUAAACAACUGAUUCAAUUUGACCCGUGGCAGCCAGGAUCUACCGCUUUCAUUCAAUGCUUGCUUUUGAUGUCACAGUAUCUGCAAAGCACCGAUCAUGCUGACCAAUGCUGGAUGGUUACUGGCAUGGCAAUUCGCAGCGCUCAAAGUCUAGGGCUCCACCUGCCAGAGACAAGUUCACGCCUAGCCAGCAGUCAAGGGAAAGAGCUCGCCAGGAGACUGUGGCAUGGAUGCGUUCUCAUGGAUCGGGUGGUCGCACUGACGCUGGGACGCCCUGCCAUGAUAUCGAAAGAAGCAGCUGGUGCCGUCCCUUUACCUACCAUGAUAGAUGAAGAGGUACCCCCGGGUUUCCAAGAUGCAGAGUCACACUUUCAAGAUGGAGAAAUAGAGCGACCCUCCUUCAUGACAUUCUAUGCCAAGUGUCUGGAGCUAUACGAAAUCUUGAACGAUAUACUUCUCAGCCUUUAUUCGAAUAGCAACACUCCACCCGACAGACCCGAAGACCACCAUAACUACUACUUUCGAAGCUUCCACGAAGGCCAAGUAACAGUGACUCAGCUCGACUAUGCCCUCACCAUGUGGUCUCAGAGCCUUCCGAAAGUCUUUCGAUGCCAAUCCACACUAUUGCCCACGAAUGAUGUUAUCAGUAGACAGAGAGUUGUGCUGAGGCUGAGGUUACUCCACAUCCGGAUGGUCCUCCUCCGUCCAAUUUUAUCCAAAUACUGUGACCUUUACAACCAGUCCAACAUAACAUACCACCCAUCCGAAGACUCGCUCCCACAACGCUUCGCUCUUCAAUGCUCCAUAGUCUGCGUAAAAUCAGCCCAAGACCUCAUCGACAUGACAUAUACGAAUUUAGCGAUGGAUAAUAGUACUAAUACCAUCGGCCUACUUCCGGCCUGGUGGUAUAAUAUUCUCUACAUCUACACAGCCAGCACAGUCCUAAUAGCCGGGCGCCUCCACCAAGCAAUCCUCUCCGAAUUACACGAAGACUCCAUUUCCCGCACCUGGCAGCGCGCUCUGGACAUUCUCCGCAAGUACCAAAGCUACAGUUCCUCUGCGCAGCGAUGUAUAGUUGCGCUUGAGCUGCUGGAUGAGAAAGUCACUGCCGCUAUUGAUAUGAAAAGGAGAGGAGGGGAUUACCAUAGUUCUGUUAUGCCAGCAGGGAACAACAAUAGUGGUGGUGCCGAUGGUAGUGCUGCCUCGCCACGUGAUGUCUCGCUGGGUGAGGGCCUUUCUGCGGCGGUUCUGGAUACUUGGGAUUUGCCGGAUUUCUUUGAUAUGUCUUGGUUGAAUAGUGUGCCUAGUAGUCUAUUUUGA